GGUUGUGGUCCGUACGUGGGGGACGUGAGCGGGAUGAGCCCUGUUUCCAUAGUUUCGGUGCUGCGGUGAUGUCAGCUGCGUGUCGGCUCCACCUCGCUCUGAUCAGCGAUGAGUCACCAAACAAGGCUUCACGAACCUCCAGCCCACGAAGCAGAAGCGACCGCCGCAGUGGGAACCACAGGCCUGAUGGGAGUCUUUGUGUCCUGGGUCGUGGUGCUAGCGUUCAUCUGUCACAGCCACAGCUUGCAAAUGCCAAAUCCUGCGUAUGGCUCCAGAAGUUCUCAGGAUAAUGGACAGUUGGAUGCCGCUGGCUGUGUGUCCAGGACCGAGCAGCAGCAGCAGGUUUCAACUGACACUGAAAACCUCUCUGUCGUUAUACGGAUGCCGGGGGUCGUCCCCGUUAAAUCGGAUAAUUAUCUGUGCACAGCUUUUCCUGUGCCAACGAGUCAAGAUGCAUAUAUUGUGGACUUCAUUCCUCAUGCCAAUAUGGACACAGUCCAUCAUAUGAUCCUGUUCGGCUGCCGGAGUCCUGCGUCCUCCUUUAACUACUGGGACUGUGGCGGUUUCCAAGGUACCUGUAAGGGUGAAGCCUCCAUCAUGUACGCCUGGGCUCGGAACGCCCCACCGACGAAGCUGCCCAAAGAUGUUGGUUUUAAAGUUGGAAGAAAUUCAGGGAUUUCCUACUUUGUGCUGCAGAUCCAUUAUGGGGACGUCUCUGUUUUCAGUGACCAUCACAGGGAUUGUUCAGGACUUACCUUGCGAAUGACAUCCAAGCCGCAGCCUUUCAUUGCCGGCAUUUACCUGCUCAUGGCUGUGGACACAGUCAUCCUUCCAGGAAACAGAGUUACAAAUGCAGACAUAGCCUGUAAUUACUCAUCGCACCCCAUCUAUCCCUUCGCCUUCAGGACCCACACACACCACCUGGGCAAAGUGGUGAAUGGCUACAGAAUCAGGGAUGGAAGGUGGACCCUGAUUGGCCGACAGUCCCCUCAGCUGCCACAGGCCUUUUAUCCGACCAACAACGAGGUAAAGGUGGAGAAUGGCGACACUGUUGCUGCCAGAUGUGUGUUCACAGGUGAAGGCAGGACCAGCAAAACAUACAUCGGUGGUACCUCCGCUGAUGAGAUGUGCAACUUCUAUAUAAUGUACUACAUGGACAGCAAACACGCAGUGCCCUACAUGAGCUGCAUGGAGACGGGCUCCAAGGAGUUGUUUCAGCAUAUUCCAGCGGAGGCCAACCUUCCCAUCAGCGUGAGCCCAGAGCAGAUGAGCUCUAUGAUGCACAUGGGACACUCUGCAGAUCACCAGGGUAUGAGACUACCAGUGGAGUCCAAUGAAGCAGAGCCUCUUUUCAAUCAGGGUGACCUCUAUUCUCUAAUGUCCCAGUUGCUAGGCCAGAGUAAGGACAUAGUUGACAGUCGUGUAUAUAAGCCCGUUAGGAUGCACAAGGCCAAGGCGGAUUUGGUGGCUCAGAUUGAUAGCUUAAUGCAAAAGAAAGACCUGGGCGCUCCCAGCACCACGCUGGCCUUCCAAACCAGCCAGGAUCCGGUUCUGGUGAGAAACAGAGUCCACAAAUUCCAUCAGCUUGAGGCUAUGGCCAAGCCCCCGAGGAGCAAGCUGCUAACUGAAGGACAAGACUACCAUUUGGAGCAGGUGUCGGCGUGGCCUCACAGUUCUCUCCGGCUGGGGCAGGUUUCAGGGCUCGCCCUGGACUCAGACUCCAACCUGGUGAUCUUCCACAGAGGCGACCGCUACUGGGGGCCUGGCUCCUUCAACGGCCAGGCUGAAUACCAGGAGAGGUCCCUCGGCCCCAUCCAGCAGUCUGCUUUAUUGGUGGUAGACGAGGCCAAAGGCAACAUCCUGAGGGCCUCUGGCAGGAACAUGUUUUAUAUGCCUCAUGGAAUCACCAUAGACCAGAAGAACAAUUACUGGGUCACUGAUGUGGCUCUUCAUCAGGUGAUGAAGCUGAGCGGUGACGGCACUGACAGAGUUCUGCUGACGCUGGGAGAAGCUUUCACACCAGGAAGUGACAAGCAGCACUUCUGCCAGCCCACCGACGUGGCUGUGGACCCCCACACAGGGAACGUCUUUGUGUCUGACGGCUACUGCAACGCCAGGAUCCUCAAGUUCUCUGCCGACGGCAAAUACCUGUCAGAGUGGGGAGCAGGUUCGUCAGACAGGAGGAGGCGCGUUCCUUUCCAGAUCCCCCACAGUCUGGCCUUCCUCCCAGACAAACAGGAAGUGUGUGUGGCUGACAGAGAGAACGGACGCAUCCAGUGCUUCAUAGCAGAAACCGGAGAGUUUGUCAAGGAGAUAAAGAAGGAGGAGUUUGGAGGGGAGGUGUUUGCCAUCAGCUACAGCCCUGCUGGAGAUGGCCUGAUCUUUGCCGUUAAUGGGAACUCCUUGUAUCACACGGCGCCGCUCAGAGGUUUUGUUAUCAAUUAUUCCACAAAGGACAUCCUGGACACCUUCAGCCCAGAAACAAAGGAGUUCAAAAUGCCUCACGACAUUGAGAGCAGUGACGGCAGUGUGUUUGUCGGGGAUGCGGGCAGCAGCUCUGUCUUCAAGUUCACCAACGAGAAGUUGCAUCGCUCUGUCAAGAAAGCUGGGAUUGAAGUGCAGGAACUUAAAGAAAUGGAAUUGUUCGUCCAGUCUAAGAUGAGGCCGGAGCACAACGUCUCGAAGACGGCGGUCGCCCCUGAGAAGCAGAUUGCAGAUCAACAGCCUCCGCCACAUGCAGCAGCAGAAGAGAAGGAGAAGAGCUCGGCGAAGGCCAACGGGGAGGCUGGCGUGGUCCCGGCCAUCAUCACCACGCUGCUGCUGGUUCCUCUGGUGCUGGUGGUGUCCGUGGGACUCCUCAUCUGCUGGAGGAGGAACGGCCGAUAUAAGGGGAAGGGUGAGCCCAGUUCCAUGGGGGGCCUCCUGGGAAAGAUCAGAGGCAAAGCCGUGGGCAGCCUGAACCUGGGCAACUUCUUCGCGUCCACCAAGGGUUACAGCCGCCAGGGCUUCGACCAGCUGAGCACGGAGGGGAGCGACCAAGAGAGGAACGACGAGGACAGCAGUGACUCGGAGAACGAGGAGUACUCCGCUCUGCCGCCUCCACAGUCGUCCUCCUAGACGCCAUCGCGCUCCUUCAUCAUGUGUUACUGCUGUGUUAGCUGCCAAUCAUACUGUGGAUAUAUUUGAUUUGUAUAGUGUAUAUACAUACUGGCCCUUUGGCUUCGUUUAGAGUUUUUGACUUUAUUUAAUUCGCUUCCAUUUAUUGACACCAUUCCCAGGAUUGUUUUUCAGUAUCACGUUCCACAGGACACGUUUAGAGUUCUAGUGUCUGACUGAGCCUUACCAAAGCCCUGCAAUGGGCCGGGACCACACGGAGGUAAAACAAGUCCAUGGUCAUUUCAGUUGAUCCAACCAGUGUGAGUGGGACAUGUGGGCUCUGUUUUCACGCUGUAAACACUCACUGAGAAACAAAGCUCUCAGGAUAAACCUCCUGUCAUUGGUCAGCAUUUAUUUUCACUGGUCAUGUUAAGUUGGAGACACAUUCAGUUAACCAGGACCAGUCCUGAUGUUGUGAUAACAGCACUGGAGCCGUCCGCUGCACAGUCCAUGUCAUCAUUUGUGCCUUUUCAUGUCUUCAGUAUCUGCCAUUACAACAGUAACAGCUGCUGCUAGUAGAGCUCGUCCUAAGUCAACAGAAAUAUAGAAGUAUGAUCAUGACUAUAUAUUUAUAUUUAUGUGUGUGAGACCUGUAGGACUCUCACAGUUUGAACCUUGAAAUAGAAUGAAUGGGUUGAACCUGGACCUGUACAGUCACGCUUCAGUCCAGUGAACCACAUAAAAGUUAACGACCUCAUUUAAAUAGAGCCACGUUACUGGUUUCUCCUGGUCAUCGUUAACAGCAUGCCAUAGGUUCGCAUUUUAGUUUGCUGUCACGUGGUUAUUUGUAUUUAUUGUGACACGCGUUUUUCUGCAAGAAGACUAUUUUCAUUAACUUUGUGUAAUAAAGUGUCUGCAAAGCA